CUAAGAUACUGCCCUUCCGCCACGACUGUCCUCCUCUCCUCUCAUCCUUUCGCAGGGCCCCCCCCCCACCCCGGCCGACGUACACGCACACGCACGCGCACAAUGGCUGAGCUUAGGCAGCUGCUCGAUCAGAUCGCACGCGCCAGCACCCUGUAUGAGGUCCUGGGCCUCGAGGCGGCCUCCUUCGAGGAGGCGCAAAAAUACAUCACCGCAGGGGCCAUCCGCGGGGCGUAUCUUCGCCGGGCUCUUAUUCUUCACCCUGACAAGCAGUCGCUGGUGUCCGGGGCGGAUGCCUCGGGCAGUGCGGGUGCCCACGCGGCCGACCCUGCGGCCGAUCCCCGGCUGGCAGCCAGCUAUCUGCGCCUGCGUGAGGCCUACGACACCCUGAGCACCGCGGCAUCUCGGGCGCAAUACGAUCACAACCUGUGGCCUCCAUCAUCGCUCUUGGUGGAUGACGAGUUCAGCCUCGAGGAUAUGCUUUUUGAUGAGGACGACAAUAUGUACACCCUGCCGUGCCGUUGCAGCGGCGUGUACCGCCUGCAUGUGGACGAGAUUGACAGCCUCUACGCCGAGAGCCAGGGGGCCGGCUUCUCCAAUGUUCUCUUUUGUCAGCAAUGCUCGCUGAAGAUCCGCAUCCAAUGUAGCGGGAUAGGCACCGACAGUGAGGAGGCCUAAGCAGCGUGUGCUAAUGGCUGGUCGGCCUUCGGCCUUUCUGCUCAACCUCCUGACCAUAUCCCCUCCACCGGGCCUCGCGCUCGGGGUUCUGCCCCCGGUCCCGGGGCCGCGAGGCCAAGGAAAAAGCACCGAAAAAAGCAAAAAAAAAACAACAACAAGAAACAACAACAUCAUCAACAGCAGCAGCUCAACAGCGACAGAGAAGCA